AUGCAUGGAGAAACUAUAGCUCAGCUGAAAGAACUACUGGAUCAUGAUCAAGAAGAGCCUGUUGAAAAAUCUCCAUUGCAUGAUAUGUUGACUGAAGUUUUUGGUAUAGAUGACCAUAACUAUGAAGGUGAAGAUGAUGAGCCUUUUGCUUCGAGAACUGAUUCUGUUUCAAUGUCACUGACGCCUGAAAAUAAUAUUGAUAUCUUUUUGCAACCAUUUUUUAGUGAGUUGGACGAAUUAUGGAGAGGUGUUAAUGUCUACGAUAAUAUUGAUGAUACGAGCCUUGAUUAUCCAUCAUGUAACUUUGAUACAGUCUCCAGAAGAUUGAAGUUUGGCAUGAAAUAUUGCUUUAUGGGAUAUCGUCAGUGGUUACCGGAUAACCACGAGUAUAGGAACAAUAAACACUCUUUUGAUGGCCAUACAGAACUAAGAGGCCCACCUCCGACAUUAUCAGGCAGAAGAAUUUUGUCCCAAAUUGAGAGUAGUCGAAAAAGACCUCAAGAUGCACUCAAUGAUGGUAUCAACCCACUACAAUGGAAAAAUAGGAGUAUUUUCUGGGAUUUACCAUAUUGGAAGGAUAAUCUUAUUCGUUAUUGUCUUGACAUGAUGCACAUAGAGAAAAAUGUUUGUGAUAAUAUAAUCGGUCUAAAGAGCCAUGAUUCACACAUUAUUAUGGAACAUAUUUUACCAAUUGCUCUUAGAAGAUCCUUGCCUAAGGAGGUUACAUCUAUGCUUAUCGAGCUGUGCAACUAUUUCAGAGAAGUCUCAGGCAAAUCACUAUCCCUUGAGAAUUUAGAUAGACUACGAUAUCGAAUUGUUUUGACACUCUGUCACAUGGAAAUGAUAUUUCCUCCAGCAUUUUUCACUAUUUUGGUUCAUCUGGUUAUUGAUCUUGUAGAGGAAGCAAUGGUUGCGGAUCCAGUGCAAUACAUAUGGAUGUAUCCUGUUGAAAGGGUCGUAGGACAUUUAAAAUCUUGUGUCCAUAACAAGGAUACACCGAAAGGGUGCAUAGUUGAAGGCUACAUAAUUGAGGAAUGUCUAACUUUUUAUUCUAAAUAUUUAGAGGAUGACAACAUUGAGACAAGGUUCAACCGACCAAGGUGCAACGACGACCAAAAUGACAACACUCCUAGUAGUUGCUCUACUGUCACAAAAAACGAUGAUCUAGAUGUCACACCCGAAAUCAAAUGGCUUGCAGAAGGGCUUAAUGAUGUUGUGAAGAGGUUUGGGGAGAAUAACGUUCGUGGGUUCAAGUUUUGUACAAUGAAGAAAGAACAAGGACUUAAAAUACAAAAUAGUGACGUGGUUAUGUCUGCUAUUACUCAUAGUUUUUCAAAUGAUAGGAACCCUGUUAUCAUAGCAAGCAACAAUACAUACUACGGUAAAGUGGUAGAUAUAAUAGAGUUAGACAACUUUAGCAAGCUGGAGGUUGUGUUGUUCAAAUGUAUUUGGGUUGAUACCACACUUAACAAGGGAAUCAAGAUAGAUAAAUUUGGGAUCACAUUUGUAAAUUUUUCUAACUUGAUACACACCAGUGAUAACGAAAUAGAUGAGCCAUUUAUUCUUGCAACAGAUGCAAGAAUGGUUUACUAUGUUGACGAUCUAGUUGACGAAGGUUGGUGUUCUGUUUGUCGUAUGAAACCCAGAGAUUUAUAUGAUAUGGGAGAUUUGAAUGAGGAGGAGUUAGAUGAAUCUUUAAUGGAGGACAUACCAUUUUGUGAGCAACAAGUAGAUAAUCUUCAAGAGUUUCAAUUGACGAAGGACAAGGUUAACGAACCAAAAUAG